UCGUCCUUGUCAGAAUCCAAUGUCUCGACGCUGUCACGGGUAUCAACGGCAGAAGUCACAGCAUGGACGAUGCUCGUCAGUUAAAGUCACUUCAGAGCUAAUGAAUAUGAUACAUGUGUGAAAGGCAGUGCCGUCAACGCGAGGAAACGUUUUUAGAAAGAUACACGCGCACCAUUAAUACUCACAACACUGUUGACCAGAGACACAUUUACGGUAAUGUAGCAGCGAGCUAACAUCUUGCUAACUUGGAAACUGCUUCCGAAGAACCUGCCGGCACCAAAGCAUCAGAAAGCUUUGUGCUGAUGUCAGAUUUGUAAGCUCUCAGCAGGUGUUGGUGGCCCUCUUGCGGUGGUUGAAUUCAUGAGCCCGCUCAGUGACAGCCGUGCAUAGUCCUCGGGGAUGGGGACUGGAGUACAGGAACAACGGGCAACACUCACGCAGGGAGAAGGGAGCUAUGAGGGCCUCAAGCACACUCGGUCUGUCCUCAACUCGCUCUUCUCUGGGGCUUUAGCAGGGGCUUUGGCCAAGACAGCUGUCGCCCCAUUGGACAGGACUAAAAUCAUCUUCCAAGUGUCUUCAGCAAGAUUCUCUGCCAAGGAAGCCUACAGGUUGAUCUACCGCACCUACCUGAAGAAUGGCUUCCUCAGUCUGUGGAGGGGCAACUCGGCCACCAUGGUGCGAGUCAUCCCAUACGCUGCCAUCCAGUUUUGUGCACACGAGCAGUACAAGGAACUGUUGGGAGGCUACUAUGGCUUUCAGGGGAACGUCCUUCCUCCAUUUCCACGGUUAUUGGCUGGGUCUAUGGCGGGUACCACGGCAGCCAUGGUGACCUAUCCUCUGGACAUGGUGCGAGCUCGGAUGGCUGUAACACCAAAGGAAAUGUACAGUAACAUCCUGCACGUGUUUGUGCGGAUAUCCCGAGAAGAAGGCCUGAAGACAUUGUUUCGAGGCUUUACUCCCACCAUGCUGGGUGUUAUUCCCUAUGCUGGUCUCAGCUUCUUUACCUAUGAAACACUGAAGAAAUUACAUUUAGAGCGCAGUGGGCGCCCCCAGCCCUACUCGUAUGAACGUCUGGCGUUUGGAGCCUGUGCAGGACUUCUUGGCCAGUCGGCGUCUUAUCCUCUGGAUGUUGUACGACGUCGUAUGCAGACUGCAGGAGUCACAGGUCACACGUACGGCACCAUCCUGGGCACCAUGAAGGAGAUUGUAUCUGAGGAAGGGGUCAUCCGUGGACUCUACAAAGGUCUCAGUAUGAACUGGGUCAAAGGGCCCGUUGCAGUGGGGAUCAGCUUCACCACCUUUGACAUGACGCAGAUCCUCUUGAGGAAACUGCAUCAGAUACGGCUCGGUAAUAACGAUACCGAGAGAGGGAAACGGGGAUAGUGGGAUGACGAGUUCCCCUCACACCCUCCGAACAGAAAGGAAGGACAGAGUAACAAUUCUGUGUUGCUGGAUCAAACCAAACACACACAGGCUCAGGAUGCGGGAUUUUAAUGUAUUCUCUCGCUCUAUCGGUGUGCAGUGUGGGAUGUACAGUCCCUGUAGGCGUGAGGUAUGUUGAAUGGUACAGAGUACCUGUACACACUGUUGUCAUGUACAGCUCGGUGCAAUAUGCUCAGUGAUUUUCUGUGUGGUUGUGUGUGCACGUAAUAUAUAAAACGCAUUUGUUCUCGUGGACCAGGCCUGUGAGUGUCAGUCAGAGAGUUUGGAGGUUGGUACACACUCUGAGGUCUCUCCUGCCUUGUGUGUCUGCUUAAAACUGACACCUUCCAGUGUAACGCAGGAAGCCACUCAUUUCUAAGUAACAUUUUAAGAUGCAUUUGAUUUAAUAACAGUAAAAUAUGCCCCCUUGAGAUUUAGUUUAGUCACAAGUGAGUUUAUUAUUGUAGAAAUUAUUCCAAAGGUUUGUAUAUGAGCUUGUUGCAGAUUAUAUGAUAUUAGUGGUGUUUGUAUAUUAAAGCACAUAAGUUCUCAGAGUACGACUUUGGAGCAAAAAUCGUGUCUAGUACAGAGGUAACAGCAUUGUUUUGUUCAAAUUGAAUAUAUUGAAAUCAAUAUGAGUCCAGUAUCUAUAAUUGGAGCUCCUGAAGAUUGAAUUCACAUACUUUUAUUUGUAGUUCAGCUCCCGUGAGGACUGCAGACUAAUGCGCUAGAUUUUAUGCCAGUGCCAACAAAUAUGAAGUACAAAGAAUGCUCAAAUAAUUUAGUUUGUCUUCACUGAUAAUUGGCCUUUCGAAAAUAGUGUAAUUUGCGAUGGCAAGUUUCGUUGUUUGUGUGGUUUGAUACAAAUGCAGACAGAUAUCUGUACGAGACGCGAGUACUAGUUGAAAAUAACCUCUUUGGACAUGCAGUGCCAUGUUAUGCACAUAAAGUAAGUUGAUUGGUAUUUUUCCAAAUUUGAGAUCAUAUACACUGAUUUGACGUUGUGUGAGAGGUGUUGCUUUAUCUCUGGUAAUCUCACAGCUGUUUUGGUUUGGAUUUAAAUAUUGAAAUGAGUUUAUUAUUUUCUGUCUAAUUCCAGUAAUUCACUGGUCAUGGACAAGACGGACACAUAUAAGUAUUUAAAUGUCGUCUUCCAUUUGCUGUUGUUUUGCAGCAUUAAAACAUUGUAGAGCUGUGCCGGUAUUUACUCAUGAAUUAGCUUGACAUGAAAAUAUGCACACACCUCGUGACGAAAUAAUUUCAGCACAUAAUUAAAUGUUCAUGACAUUCCUUCAUGUCAUGGUUCAUGUGGAGAAGGGUCGAAAACGGGUCUGUGUGCACAGUUUUCAGUUGACUGUAUCUGAGACCGUUUCAACAGUAUUGGGGCAGAGGGCUCCCAGUCAUUGAAGAGCGUCAAUAGUUUCUAUUCCUAGACCACAUACCGAGGGAGGAGGGUUGAGCUGAGGGAGCAGCUGGGGGGAGCAGAGUGCAGGAAAGUGUCCAGAGAGGAGCGCGGGACGUUAUCCUGGACUAUGUGUAACGAUCUCCACUGAAACUCAAGUUGGUUCGUUAGUUAAUUUACUCAAAAAAACUGAAGUAAUGGUAUUUCAAUUUAUAUUUUUCACUGUGCGGCUCACUAAUAUUUUGUCACUGUUGGUUAAUCUGUACAUUUGAUAAAUUAUCUGACAAAUUGCCUGUCAUAGUUUAAGUAAUUUCUUAACAUUGAUAACUACGUUUACUGACCAGCAGACAGACGACCCAAAAGGUUCACUGCUGUAGAAAAGCAACAUUUAGCGUUUGAGAAUCUCUAAUCAGCGAAUAUUUUGUGAGAUCACUACUCAAAUUGGAUAAUUAUUUUUCCCAUUAACUAAUCAAUAUAUAUUUUUUAAACUUGAUACUGUUUUUGCUCCAAUCCCACAACAAUACAUUUUUAUUUUGUAUUCGUUACUUUAAAGACACUAGAUAAGUGUUUUGCUUGAAGUGCGUCAACUACUGUGCAAAACCCAAAACAGGAACAUGAUGCUAGUCUUCGGUCGAACAGGUUCCUAACUGAGUGAAAUUAAUAUUUCUUGCCUUUUCCUUGAUGGUCCUAUUGAGUUGCUAUCGUAGGCUCUGAGGAAAACGAUCUUGUUGUGUUUGUGAUGGCAGCAACAACGAUAAUAGCCUACAAGUUGUCUAUUGCCACUUUAAUAUAAACCUUUUUUCCAUCUAACAAGAGGCCAAAUGUCUAAAAUGUCAAAUAUGUUAAACACAAGCAGUAUAAAACAUACAACGUUGGCAUUUAAUUUGCACAAAGCUUUGGGUCGGUACCAAAAAACUAUUUGAUGCCCAGCCCUCUACUGGAAAGGCUACUUCACUUUGCCCUCAUUCAGUCAAGUCGACCCUCCCCUGACCUGCCUGUCUGACCGUCAUCAUUGUAUCUGCCUCUUCAUGGAUGCUGUGAUUGUUUUCUUCAUUGUUCAGUAAAUCAGCGCUGUUCAAAUAAGCAGAUUUGUUGAAAACUCUUAAGCCCUGAGAUGAGGGAAACUAGGUUUUCAUCCUCAGAAAGAGAGCUGACUUAAACUCGGUAACACAGUUUUUGUCCAAACUCUGAUCAACUGUUCAGGACCCGAAAACUCAGUUCCCCAUCUCAGGCUUCAUCAACUCAGAGUUCAUGUUUAGGCUCAGAGUUUGUUAAACCUGUUUUCUGAAACACAGACGGCUACGACUCUAAUCAAACAGCGGUGAUGCAUUCUUGUUCACAGCCGAUGCCAGUGGAGUCUUUUAAUAUCUGUGUGUUAUCUUUAUCCCUUUGUUAGCAGGUGAGAAAUUAUCGUGGCUGAAGUUUGAUCACUGACGGCUUGAAACCUGCACAUGUUCUGCAAGAAUGCUGUAAUGUAGAAAGUAUACAGUAACUGAAAGCUGAAUGAUGGGUAGCUACUGACUCUCAAGUGCCUAGCAAAGAAUAGUAACGUUUGUACUAUGACUGAGCUACUUCUACUAACCUUUUUGAAGGUUGCUUCCAUUUUCUAGCCUUUGCUAUGAAGUUACACAUAUUUAAGGGGCAGAAGAUGGUGUGGAGAUUGUUAGACCUCUGUGACUAAAUGUAUUACUCAAGGUCCAGUUUUUAUGUGAAUUUUGUAAAACGUAUAAACUGCCAGGCAGUGUACUGCUGUCUCGGGAGAUAUGCAUGAACCGUGGCUCGAACCAUCCAUUCCAACCAGUCUCAGUAAUAUUUAUCCUGAUUUCAAUUGGAAGCGCAUUGUUAUGUCAUCAUCUCCCGAUAGAUCAAGGGAAGCAGGUUAAUGCAUAAUGAAAUACAAUGAUAAGGAAAGUAACAACAAGCUUGGAAAAACCCCAGACAAUCAUGAAAUGCCAAAAAAAGUUUUAAUUUUGGAAGAAAAGUACAUUUUAUGUUGAGUACCUGACCGUGGCCUAAUGAUGAAGAAUACUGAAUCAAUACAACAACAACUAAAACAAUUGGAAACAAGAUGGGAUUAAAGUGCUCUUGUAAAAGCAAAUGUGAUUGUUUUAGCCCUGUGUGGGUAAUCCUCCAUCGACAUGCAGAUAUACGGUGUUACACGUUCCAACAGAUCAUCUUGUUUUGUUUUUGUUUCAGUGCAGCAGCGUUAAGACGCUGUGUUGUAAAUCCUAGUGAUUUGUGCCAACUGAAUGUAAACCUAGCUACUAAUAUCACACCUUGUGUUUAAUCUCUAUCGAUGAUGUAUCGAUGAUGUAUCUUAAAUAUCAAAUAUCAAAUUCCAAAAAUAAAAGUGGAUGUUAACAACAGA